AUGAAUUCUACAAAAUCAGAAAUACUUUUUGCAGGGUUCAAUUAAGAUUCAAGUAAACUAUAAUAAAAUAAUAUAGCCAUGUUUUGUGUUGGUACUGACACAGGAUUUCGAGUUUGUAAUGCAUUAAAUUCAACUGAAAAAUUUUAAAGAGACUUGAAAGGAGGUAUUGGUCAUGUAGAAAUGCUAUACAGAAGCAAUAUUUUGGCAUUAGUUGGAGGCGGUUUAUAGCCAAAAUAUCCUGAUAAUAAAGUGAUCAUAUGGGAUGAUCGUAAAUAUACAAUUUCUAUUUAGAUCUUGUAAAAUGUAUUGGAGAAAUGAGUUUCAGAACUAAGAUAAAAAAUGUUAAGCUAAAAAAUGAUAGAGUAGUUGUUGUUCUUGAAAAAAAAAUAUUUGUUUACAAUUUUACAGACUUGAAACUACUUGAUUAAAUUGAAACAUGUCCUAAUCCAAGGGGUAUUUUUAUAAUAUUAGAAUAAGGAAUUUGUACUAUUAAUACAGAAGGAGAUCAUACAAUCUUGGCAACAUUAGAGAAAUCUGUAGGAAAGGUUUUUGUAAACAAUUAUGACGCUAACAAAGCUUAUUGUAUAGAAGCACAUGUUUCUCCAAUUUCUUAUCUUUAAUUGAAUUCAACAGGGACAAAAUUGGCUACAUCUAGUGAAAAAGGCACUGUAAUUCGUAUCUAUGAUACAAAUACUGGGUAUGUGAAUACAUUUAAAAUAGAUAAAUUUCAUAAGAACUUCGAAGAGGGAAUGAUUAUGCAACAAUAACUAGUUUAGCAUUUGAUUUUAGAUCAUAAUGGUUAGGUUGUGCUUCUGAUUAAGGAACUAUACACAUUUUUGCAGUCAAUUAAGAAGGAUUAUAACAAGAAUAGUAAAUUUAGAAUUAGGUUUCCCACAAUCCAAAGAGUAAAUUUGAAUUUCUAAAGGGAAUCAUUCCUAUUUUGGGAUCUGAAUGGAGUUUUGCUCAGUUUAGAGUGCUUGAUACAAAGUGCAAAGUGUCAUUUGUGCCAGAUGAACAUCAAUUGAUCGUAAUUUCAUAUGAAGGAAAGUACUAUAAGGCAUAAUUUGAUCCUUAAAAAGGAGGUGAAUGCAUAAAAGUGGAAGAGAAAUACUUGAUUAGUGAUAAAGUUUGAUUUAAUAUGUUAAAUAACUCAUAAACAAAUUAAAUUCUAAUAUCAAAAAUAUUUGUAGCUUAAUGUCUUCAGGAUUACGAAUAAGCUACAGCUCUUUUGGAAUAGUUAACAGGAAAUUUAGUUGAAAAUUUGAAUAUGUUCAAUAAACAUCCAAAAAUCCAUAAAAUACUAUAAGACAACUUCGAAAUAUUCCCUGAAAAUUAUUUAGUAUAACCACAAUAAAUGGAUGAAGGUAUUGAACAAUAUCAUAAAUAUUUGGAGUAAAUUUGUAAUUAGACAAGUAAGGAAGGUAAAUGAUAGAAUAAUGUUUUAGAGAAGAAAACCAAGAACAAGAAUCCCUGGACAGAGGAAGAAAGGAGAUUAUUUAAAUAAGCAAUAAAAGAAGGAUCAUCAAAAGAUUGGAAAGCUAUGGCAGCAAUCAUAAAAACAAGAUCCCCUCCAUAAGUUCGUUCUUACUAUUAAAAGUAUAUGAAAAAGAAAAGAUAAAAAUUAAAGACAGAAAACAAAAGUUAAUGA